AUGGCUACUUUCAAUGAGUAUAUUUCGAGCAGCGAUAAUGAAAAUAAUUUUUCAUCGGUUCCAAAACAAGACCAACAAUCUUUCAAAUCAUCUUCACCUUCGACUCUUUCCAAAACGGCUGACAACAAUACCUCUACAUUGAGAACAAAAGCUACUGAAGCGCUGUACUCUAAUCAGCCUGUUGAUGAUUAUAAAGAACAUCCAGAAUUGGCACAGGACCCAUCAAGUACUCAAGGUGAUCGCCAUUUUUCACCAACAACAUGCGUCCAAAAUUGGAAGUGUCGUGAAUGUGGGUAUAUUAACGACGAGAAGAAUAUAUCGUGCGACACUUGCGACACAGAAAAACCAAUCUAUCCGUGUCUCGAAAUCCCUUACAGUAAUUCCGACGAAUAUGGAGAACUAUCAUCAUUUGGUGACCGCGAUUAUUCUUCUCAAGUAUCAGAAACAGUAUAUGAUCGGUCAGGUUUAAGCAGUCCUUCAUCAAUUCGACGGAAAACUUCCCGUUCGGAUCGAUCAUCGUCUUCGUCUGAUCAGGAAGCUCAAGAUUCAAUGCCAACGAGUACUACGAGAGAAAAACUACGAUCGUCUUCUGAUAAACAUUCAUACAAUCUGAACACUAAAGCUAAUGAGAAACCUCAUUCGGAGAAGACGUACGCAGUAUCAUCAAAUUCGAGUGCGCUAACGAGCGAUUUUAUUUAUCCAAAAUCACAUUCUACAUACGAAUUUGCACCAUCCGAAAACUUUGAACCUGUACGUGCACCAAUACCUACCACGCCAGGUCUCCCUGUGCAUACGCAAAGUACUUUCGUUCGGAAUUAUGUAUUAGACGAUAAAGCAUCGCCUAAGAAUGCACCAUUAUUCGUCUCUAGAUCCAACCUACAAGUCAAAAGUGACACCAAUUUAUAUCCUGAUAAAAGUCAAUUAUCAUCAUCAACAACAAGAGCACAUAGAGAUAAUAAUGCUCUAACAGCACAUACAAUGAUAUGUAAAACAUCAAAUUCAAGUAACCUUAACGUGGUAUACAUACCGGAUUUGCCCGUAAAUAUCCAUGAACCCAAAGUAUUGGAAGAUAUGCUUCGUAGUUGCUUGGAAGACCGACAUAAACAAAAAGUAGUAGACGUAGAGUGUAAUACUCUACUUGGUGUCGGUAUAGUUCAUUUACCUAGUAAAGAAGAAAAAGAUCAUUUAUUGAAUACAGUCAUAUAUGCGAUGAUUGAGCCAUCAUCUAAAGCGACAGUGUCAUUUGUCGAUAAGCUUGAUUUGGUAUCUUAUGUUGUUAUUUCAAACAAUGAGAACAAUGGCUAUCCAACAGGGGAAGAAAUUCAACGGCAAUGGAUGCAGGUUUAUAAACCGAAAUCGCCGCCAAAAUGUGAACAGCUCUCUGCUCUAUUCCCCAAUAUAUUUCGAGUAACUACACAUUCAUUGGAUGAAUUGAUCAGUGCGAUGUCUACGAGAGUACUUAUUAUUAAUAAUAAUUCAGCAAAUGUUUAUUUUCGAGCUGACUGUUGUUUCUAUGAAGAUUUACCAAGAGCAAUGAAUCAAGAAAAAUUAGUCCAAGCAGUACGUCAACAAAUAACUGACGAAUACAUGGCCGAAGAGUAUAUGCACAUUCAACGCCAUAAAACUGGUGGCAUUGCAGUCAUUAUUUCGUCAGGUAGAGCACGUAUCUGGUCGCUACGCGAGUUUAUCGAAUCAAAUGGCAAAAAAUUUAACAAGAAGAACAAUUUAGCAUGCCGUUUAAAGAUACCAAACGUACCGAGACGUUUAUCGAUAGAAUCCAUUCAAAAUCAUAAAGUUUUCGCCAAUUGUGUCGUUCAUGCUACACGUAAAAAUGAUGAUAUUGUUCUCGAACUCUCGGAUCGUAACGUAUUCGAUAAGUGUAUUGACCAAGCGGCCUUUUGUGUCCAUAAUCAUCCGUUAAGAAUUGAAGCCCACCAAGCAACAUCUAAACCAGAAGACAGUGAUAUCGACGAUGACACUUGGUAUGAGACUGAUAUGCGUGAUUAUACAAAAGCUAAUAUUAUGCAGUUUGUACCUAACCACGAACAUCCCAUAUUUCGAUACAAAUGGAAUUCCGAAGCAUUCUUGAAACAGUUCCGUCGUUGGACGUCGAAACAACACGACCGAUCGGUUGGACCAGAUCCAGUUAAAUAUGAAGACUUGUGUAAUCUUAAACGUCAUUUACUGCGAAUGACCGUUAUGUUGAAUACAAUUGGUGUUGUCACGCGAGGCUUCUAUCGUGUUGAAGAUAAGGAAAUUAAAUUAAUAUCAAAUCGACUCAAAACUGUAGUUUAUAAUCACAAAUCUAAACUACACCAUAAGAAGACAAUUCUAUGGUCUCAAGCAACAACAUUCCCAUGUCCACAGACAAUCGUCAAAGUUGUUCAGCGCGAUUGUUUGCUUGUAUACAAAGAACUAGUUAGUAAAGGUCUUCGACCCGUACUUUUAAACAUGGCUAACGCAUACAAUCCCGGGGGCGGCUAUAGACAAGGUGACGGAGCGCAGGAAGAAUCACUAUUCCGUCGGUCAAAUUAUUAUCAAAGUCUUGAUGCUGAAUUGGAUGGUGAUAAGCCGUCGGCGAGAUAUCGUUACGACUCAAAUGGCGCUUUAGAACAAUUAGCUCCAAGUGAUGCAUUGUAUCCCAUGGAUAAAUAUGGAGCAAUUUAUACAUCAGGUUUGACAGUUUUCCGUCAGCCGGAAGAAGUCGGCUACGGCUACAUGCCCAUUCCAAUGUAUGAUGUUUGUUCUAUUGCAAUGGCUGCUUAUCGUGAUCCAAAAAUAGAACACAAUCUCUUAGCAGCAAAAUAUUCUCUUGGUACACGGAAAAAAAUUGAGAACAUUUUUGCAAUUGCUCAUCAUAACAAACAUGAUAGUUUGGUUUUGUCUGCUUUUGGAUGUGGAGCAUUCCACAAUCCUCCUGGUCAUAUAGCUACAAUCUUCAAAUCGGUUAUCGAGCAGUAUGCAGGAUAUUUCAAAUGUAUUUAUUUUGCUAUUAUUGAUGAUCAUAAUGCGGGAUCAUCUUUGAAUCCACAAGGAAACUAUUCACCUUUUCAAACGAUUUUCAAUGACGCAAAGUUCGAACCCAAGAAAAAUUUUAUGACGGGUAUGAUGAUUGGACCAUGGAGAAUUAUAAAUGAAAUAACAACGACUACUAAAUCAGAAGUAACACUAGAUGAUGUGGAAAUAUGUCAAUCAAAGCUUUGCCAUUUCGGUGGCGGAUGUAAAGAGCUCACAAACACGCAACAUUGUCAGGAAUAUUCUCAUCCAGCUCUGUGUCCAUAUACAAAUAAUGAAACGUCGUGCAAAGAAAAUCAAGAUGCUCAACAUAGAAUUUUGUAUCAACAUCGGCGACUAUGUUCAGAGGGUGGUGAAUGUAAAUUAGUCGAUGAUGAUCAAACGCAUCGCAAUAAGUAUGAACAUCCAGUUUUUUGUCGUGAUGGUGGCGCAUGUGAAAAUCUGGAUCGUGAUCAUCUAAAAUCAUAUCGGCAUGUUCCUUUCUGCAAAGAUCGUCUUGAAUGUUUGGAUUAUAUUCUUAAAUCAAAAGAGCACUGUCAUGAUUUCAGACAUUGUAUGCCCAUGUGUCGUUACGGUAAAUUCUGCAUACGGUUUCAUGAUGAAAAACAUUUGCAAGAAGAAAAGCAUCCUUUUAAUCAACCAUGCCCAUUCACACCAUACUAUUGUCCUAAAUACAAUGAAUUCUCACAAGCCGCUGACAAGAAAUCAUUAAAAAUCGACGUCCAAAAACAUUGUUUACAAUUAUCUCAUGUCUGCGAAUGGGGUCGACUAUGCAAAGAUACAUCUGAGCAACACUCGAAAAGUACCAUACAUGUCCCACGUCAUAUGUGUCCAUACGAUAAUCGGUGUACGAAAACUAAUCAAGAUGACCACUUGAAUACGUUUUCGCAUACGGGUAUACUCGAUAUUCGCCCUAUGUGCGCUCACCGACGUGAUAUUUGUCGAAAUAAAGGGAAAUCUGAUCAUAUGAAACAAUUUCGACAUUAUGGAAACUAUGAUUUUAGCGGUGUUAUAAAUUAUUUUGGUCAAAACAAAUCGAUAGAUUUUGUUGAAAAUCAAAAACAUAUGAUGGAAGCUAUCAACAGCUAUUUUGAGCACAACAAAAUAACUCGUUCUGUACCGGAAGAAAUCGAGAGGUUUGUCAAAGCUUUACAACCAGUUCACCGUUGCUCAAAAGUUAUUUUCGAAUCGAUACUUGUUCAUGGUCAUGUAAUGUCUAGUAAGCAUAUGGAGCACUUAAAACAACCUAAGUUUGCUGCUCAAGCUGCCCAAGAACAUAGAGAUGUACGAACUAUUCUUGAUCGUCAUGGCGCUGCCCGAAGCUGUGCUAAAGAAUAUAUUCAAGCGAUCAUUGCAUUGGAGUACAGUAAAUACAGUAAAAAACAUCCGAUAAGUUUACCCAUGGAAGUACCUCCUAUUUCAUCAUCAAUGUUACGUUCCUCGAUAUUACCCACGUCCGAUUCUCAAGAAUCGAAUGAAACAAUACAGAAAACGGAAAGAUGUUUAAGAGCUAUAAUAGGAAAAAAAGAAAUUGAUACAAUUCGUCGAUGUGCAGUCGAUAUCGCCACUGCUUCAUGGAAUCUUCAUAACGCUCCAGCCGGUAUUCAAUAUGAAAAGGACAAACAGCUGGGUACAAAUAAGCAUGUUUUCGGUAUUCUCGGUCCACAUUGUGGGCACUAUUAUGGAGAUAUUGUUUUGGUGUUUAAAGCGGAAGUCAUGCUUCAUCCAGAUGCCAACUUUACCCAUCAAGCAGCAACAUCAUAUUUAAGUGGAAAAACGUAUUCUCAACGUCCGUGGGUGAGAGAUCCUGGCUCGGAUUCGAGAAAAAGAACAAUGUGCUUUCACCGAUCAAAAAUGCAUUGUUCUGUGUCGAACUAUGAACAUGUUGCGGCAGCAGAGCUCAUUGCUAUAACAAGUGAACACCAGAAGAAAUCGAGUAUUAAUUGCGACGAUAUUCUUCAUCGAUGGUUGAGCGUCGAUUCGCAUGAAGUAUUUGAAGCACAUUUGCCACAACUAAUCCCAUUGGAUUAUAUUGAAAAAGUGUAUAUUCCAGAAAGUUUAUUCUAUUCUUUAUCACAAAAAGCUCAAGAAUGUGCAAAAAGAACGUUCUGUCAUGGUUUGCAUUUAACGAACCAUCGGGUUGAUGUAUCACCAAACGACAUGCGUGCGUUAGAUAAGAAUCGUAUGAAAUAUCAAAAUUUCAUCAUCAAGGAGCUUGUCACAAACAUUGAAAAGCGAAUGAAACAUCCUACAUAUUUAUAUGGUACUCUCAUUACGCUUGUACCAACUAAAUUUACAGAUUACAUAGUUUUACCAAUAACUAUAAACAAAGCUUAUUAUCAGUACCGCCGAACUCAUAAAAAUCAUUCGAAUGCCGAUGAUAUCUACAUCUAUUGGCAAGCCAUGCAUGGUGACAUGAUUCUUGCAUUAUCAGAUGAACACAUUGAGUCAAAAAGAUCAGAAAAAAAUACUCAAUAUCUUGUGUGUUAUAUCGCACCACGACCAUCUCUGAAAACGGCGACAUAUUAUGAAGCAUAUUCAUACCUGAGCGACGAUGAUCCAUACAGACACAAAGUCAUUUUAGCCAGUAGUGAAUGUGUUGCCAAAUCAAAUACAUUCUACCGUGGUUGUAAUAGCGAAGAUUUUCUUACUUUUUGCCUCAAACUCGAUAAGAAAACAGGACAAGUUACACUUUCACACGCUGGAGCAAAUGGUAUUUAUUGCCAUAACACAAUUACGUAUCAAUUUUCUAAACAACAUCUCGAUUUAAACAAAUUAAGAUAUGUCCAUGUCAGUGCCAGAUCUCAGAAAGUGCCUAUUCGAAAUCUAGUUAUAACUUUUAAGCCGAUUUCCGAUCUUCAUCCAUCGUUCGACAAGAACUUUAGACCAGAAGGUGACGUUUCAUCUAAUGAUGCCCACUCACAUAGCCAUGAUAAACCACCACCACAUAGGUUCGACGGACCGUCUAGAGACGAAUCCCCAUCAUUUCUAAACAAAGCGGGUAAUGCGAUUAAAGGUGCCGUUGAUUAUCUCCGUCGUAACGAUAAAGAGCGAAAACCAUGCCCGGAAGCAGUCAACUGUUUACUACAAGGAUCAUCUGCACAUACAGAAGAAUUCUUUCAUCCUUGCAGAUAUGCUGAGUUAUGUAAUAACAAAGAUAAAGAACCUCAUUUAACGCAUGAAUCUCGGCGAGUUACACAAUGUCAGUUGAAUAUUUCAUGUUCAAAACUUGACAAUCCCGCCCAUCGAGCUGCAUACCGACAUGAUGGUUAUCCGGAUUUUCUCAUACCUUGCAGAGAUAGCUCAAAAUGCCAAGAUUCGACAUUCCAACAUCGAAAGAAAUAUUCACAUGGUGAAAAAAUUGAUCUGAAACUAGGAUAUAACGAUGAGAAAAAUUCGUCACAACCAUCGUCGGGAGGAGCAGAUCGCGCUACCGAAGAUCAAAUGUCUUCCUUUGGAGAGGGAGGACGGGAGAAUGUUCAAAAGAACCCUUGCCUUAACGAAUCAAACUGUCGUGCACAAAACGAUGGUCACCAUUAUUCCGGAUACUCACAUGAAAAUCGUCAACCCAUUCCAUGUCGAUAUGCAAAUAAUUGCAGAGAUAAAGACGAUCCGCAACACUCGGCCAAGUAUUCUCAUCCAAAUGAUCAUAGACCUUACGAUGCGUCUGCAUCUAACCAAGGGAAAAUACACUGCCGUCACGGAAAUGACUGUUGGGAUAAAAAUGAUCCGAAUCAUUGUUCUAAAUACUUCCAUCCAUCUGCUCGUGGCAGUGAAAAGAUUCAAUGUCGCUAUGGAAAUGAUUGUCGGGAUAAGAAUGAUCCUCGGCACUGUUCGAAGUACUCCCAUCCAUUUGCUCGUAGCAAUGAACAGAUUCAAUGUCGCUAUGGAAAUGAUUGUCGGGAUAAGAAUGAUCCUCGGCAUUGUGCGAAGUACUCCCAUCCUCAUCGUCGCUGA